CUAAUCCCAGGUGAGCACUUUUAGUUGAUAGACACAAGUAUAUUUUUGACCAUGGUUUGUUCGAAAUAUCACUUGCACUUGAUCAGUUGGAGAAGAUCGAUUCUGUACUUCACAAAUUUGAGAAGGCCCGUCUUUUUCAUUCACAGGGUAACGGCACUCUGCUAGAAGGCUAACAUUUUCGCAUUCACGAUCCAUACAUGCCAAGACAUCAUACCGGUCAGGUGCGCUAAUUGGAACGAUAUCAUGCCAGUAGUCAUGUUCAUAGACAACCGCAUCCACACUCGCAUUAGACCAUAAGCGAAUCGUGAUUUUGCCUUCUGAACCUUCGAAACAAAAUGCUUCGGAUGGCAUAAUGUGGGUGCGCUCCGUAAUUGCGAAAUUGUACGUUUCUAGCCCGAAAAGAGUGCCGAAGAAAUUGUAGAGGGCGGAGUCCGAGGAAACAGCUUUUGAAGUUAAAUGCGGAACCACAAAUGCACCGUGUGACCUGCUAGCUAAAUUGACAGCUCCUCGUUUUUUCUCGACAGAAUAUUCCACUGCUCUCGAAGAUGAUGUCGCCGAACAUGUAUUCGUAGCCGCACGUAUACCUUCACUAGCUACCGUGAUUUGGGCUUCUACCUCAGCCAAGCGAUUAUUCAGUUGCCCUUCCAAAGUCCUCAGAUGAGAGGAAAUCUGACUGGCUAAUUUUCGUGAGUCUGCAUGAGCGAGUUCCUCUUUCUCGAUUUUAUAUUUAUCCAUUACGGAGCGUAGCUGAAAUUGUACAUCACUAUCAAGAAUAUCGACACAGCUAAAUCAAGUAAUUCUCUAAUGACUUACCUCAGAAAUCGAAUAACGAACUUCCGUACGGACUUGCUCUAUUGAGUUGCGCAUUGUCUGUUCUAUUCUUUGGAGUUUUCCGAGAUAAGCCUGCUGCUGCAUAAAUUGUUGCCUUUCAAACCUUUCCAAACGCAUUUCCAUUAGAUGGGCUGUGUCGAGUGCGGUUUCAUAACGCACCAAUCCAGACUUUGGUAACAUAUCUUGAGGCAAGGCGUGUUUGAACACAGCAGCUAUGAAAAGAAUAACUCCCAAUCCGACAAUGUUGGUAGGCGUAAGAAACCAAAGCCAUCGUGA